UUCCCCCAGCAGCGUGGCUGUGGCCAGUGCGAGGGGAGCGUUGGAGGUGUGAGGUCCUCCAGCUCUGCUGUGUGUUGUCUGCAGGUGGAACCGGCACCCGCUCUGCUGAUCAUGGUCAACAAGACCUUAAAUUACUGGGGUCCCGACUUUGAGGAGGACGUUAUCAACAUCAAUGUGGGGGGUCUGAGAAGAAGGCUCAGCUCCAGCGCCCUCUCCAAGUUCCCCGACACCCGCCUGGGGCGCUUGCUCUCCUGCGACUCGGAGGAGUCCAUCCUGCAGCUCUGCGACGACUAUGAUGUGAGUGCCAGGGAGUUCUACUUCGACCGCAACCCGGGCUUCUUCCUCUACGUGCUCCACUUCUACCAGACGGGGAAGCUGCACGUCAUGGAGGAGCUAUGCGUCUUCUCCUUCUGCCAGGAGAUCGAGUACUGGGGCAUCAACGAGUUCUUCCUGGAUUCCUGCUGCAGCUACCGCUACCACGAACGCAAGCUGGAAAGCCGGCAUCACAACUGGGACGAGGAGAGUGAGGUUAGCAGUGUGGACACCUCUCCCGACGAGAUAUCUGAUAUCAACCACGACCUGCUGCGCUACAGCACGCUGCGCUGUGGCAACGUGCGCAAACGCCUCUGGCUCACCAUGGAGAACCCUGGCUACUCCAUCCCCAGCAAACUCUUCAGCUUUGUGUCCAUCAGCGUGGUGCUGGUUUCCAUAGCAACCAUGUGCAUCCACAGCAUGCCUGAAUACCAGGAGGUGGACGAGAACGGCAAUGUGCUAGAUGAACCUGUCCUGCACAAACUGGAGUACUUCUGCAUCUCCUGGUUCACCUUUGAAGUGUCCUCCCGCCUCCUGCUCUCACCCAACCCCAGGAAGUUCUUCAAGCACCCACUGAACCUGAUUGACAUUGUCUCAGUGCUGCCGUUCUACUUCACUCUCUUGGUGGACAUGACCAUGGGCAGCGAUUCGGAGCUGGGCAACCUGGGCAAGGUUGUGCAGGUGUUUCGGCUCAUGCGGAUAUUCCGGGUGCUGAAGCUGGCUCGGCACUCCACUGGACUGAGGUCACUGGGGGCCACCUUGAAGCACAGCUACAGAGAAGUGGGGAUCCUGCUGCUCUACUUGGCUGUGGGGGUAUCCGUCUUCUCCGGCGUGGCCUAUACAGCGGAGAAGGAGGAAGACGUUGGCUUCGACACCAUCCCGGCCUGCUGGUGGUGGGGGACGGUCAGCAUGACAACCGUGGGAUACGGUGAUGUGGUGCCCGUCACCGUGGCUGGCAAGCUGGCAGCCUCAGGCUGCAUUUUGGGUGGGAUCCUGGUCGUGGCAUUGCCCAUCACCAUAAUCUUCAACAAGUUUUCCCACUUCUACCGCAAGCAGAAGGCCCUGGAAGCUGCCGUGAGGAACAGUGAGAAGAAAGACCCUGAGGACCUGGAGAACUCCUUCAGCCAGAACCAAGACUCGGAGGCCCUGAGCGAAAUCUCCCUGGACGGAGGCAGCCCAGACCGCCGUGGUCUGACGAAGGGCAUCCUCCCCGCUCCUUGAACUCUCGAGCCGGAGCUGACGGCAGCACCACGGCAUCAGGAGGCGCGGAGAACUUGGUUCACGUGAUACAACCCUUCUUUCAUAACCAGCUUGCUCACUGUGAGUGCAGCGAGAGCUGAAGCCCCAGCAGCGCUCGUACACAACACUGCUGUUGCACAAGGACAACACCGAGUAGCCAUCAGCUAACACAAGAGUGGACCCAUGGUGGCCAGGUUCUCCAGGUAGCUGUCUUGCCUCCUUAGCCCACUACACUGUAUCUGGCUUAAUCCACCCCCAUGCAAAGGACAGAAGGGUCAAAGGAGAUGUCCAUCAGGUGCCAGCUGUUUCCAAUGCCUGGAGAGGUGAGAGGCAGCAGCUGUGUCCAUUUGGACAUCUCUCAGCCUUUCCCCAGUGAGGGCUCUGCUGUCCCUGCUCUCCCAGGACCUGCAAACUGAAGACAAGGCACAAGACAUACUCACCACCCUGGAGAUAGAAAAGGAAUGAGUGAGAAAAAAAGAAAUACAGAAGCAGGGAGUCUUUGAAAGUGGCCCCAGUGUCUCCAAAUCAGGCAUUACCCUGGCUGAGUGAAGAGUGAUUUUCCUCUACCCUGAAAGUUUCGUAUCAUCUCGGGGUAUGGUUGAAAAACAUCUCUCACUCAGUCUUCCUCAAAGGCAUGAAGUCUGUGCAGCAGCAUGCUGGCAAUGGAGGUUUCCAAAGCAGUAAGCGUAAGACAGUCCCUCAAACCAUGCUGGCUGCCCUUGCAGAUCUUGAGCUGGCUUGGUAUAAACUCUAGCCCCAACCUCUUCCUACCCACAAGCCCUCAGCUGGCAAAGGCCUCAGAUGGUUUAGCUCCCCAGCAGGCAAUAGGAAAAAGGGAAGGUAGAAAAUGAGGUUGUAAGAGAUGAGAUGUGGUGUCCAGCUAGGGCAAGUCCUGCUUUCCUCAUCCCCUGCAGCAGGACUGACUAGAUCCAACCUUCCUUAGCCAGUGUAUUGAGCCUGUCCUUGUUGACACCGGUGCAGGACCCUCCAUCCCAUCCUCUGCCCGCCCAUCCCUGGCAUCACCCUCUUGUCCCUGCCCUGGUGGAUGCUAGCCAGCAGGAUCAGGCCUGGCUCUUGUGCUCGGCAUGGGCCAACGGCUGUUUGGUUCCUCCACUGCAGGAGUCUUUAUCAAAAGAUGUGGGUUUAACUGCUCCCUCCCCUACCACUUCCCCAUCCCCUGCGGCAGGGGGCUGGGGACAGCGCAGAGCAGCGGGGGCUGCUGGCCCGGGCUCCCGGCACUGUCACUGCGGGGAGCACCCAGGGAUCUGCGUGUGAAGGUUGUGCUGAGCCUCUCAAGUCGUAGGAGAUGUGGCUGUCUGCCUGGAGGGCAGGGAGCCCCCAGCCCCAUCCAUCCCCCUCCUGAGACAGGUACCCUGUCCUGGCCCAGGGCCCCCACACGGGAUGCCCAGGCCAGCAGCAUGCUCGUGGGUUGGCAGGUCACCGCGCACUGGGGUGCGUGGCACAGCCAGGGAACAAGAUCCUGUCGGGGCAAACGGGCCACCAACCUCUCCCGGUGAUGAAGAGAUGAAAGGGCUGCUGUCCUUCGAGGCAGGAGCAGCCGAAGGGGAUCAAGGCUGGAGACCGGAGGGGUGGGAAGCAGGGCCCAGCCCCUGCUGGGGCACUCCCCACAAGCUCUUUGACCCACCGGACCCCCAGCAGCACCUCCACGGGCAUUUUGCUGAGGGGGCACCGUCCGUUUCAGAGGGGCAGCUUCUCUCUGCCCCUCGAAGUGCAGCAGAGCAUCUCCAUCCCAUGUCACCGCAGAGGAGGUACCGAGUCCCCGCAAAGGACUGUCAGGGAGUGGACGCGGCAGGGACACUGCCAGGCACAGAGAAACUGCCUCUGCCACUGCCCUGUGCCAGCGAGUUAUGUCCAGUGAACAAACCCGGCUGGAUUUGGUGCACGCCCUGGUGUCCCUCGCCGCAACCCCCCACCCAGGUUUGCUCUGCUGGCUCAUCUCUUUCUGCCUUGGGGCCAAGCAGGGCCGAAGCUCUGCAAGGAGGCAGGGAGGCCCCGCUGCCCGGCCUCGCGGCGUGCCAGGACGUUUAUCCCACCCUUCGGGCGCCGAGCUGUGCGCCCUCCCUCUGCAAGAGAGGAGACGCCGUGCCCGCACGGUCCCUACCGAGCCCCCCGACGCCGACCUGCGCGUGAGAGCGGGGCAGAGCAGGGAGGGCAGCUCUGCCCGCGGAGCGCUUUGCUCCCCUGGCGCCGGCCACACUGUGGGUCCUGGCACCGUAAUGCCCGGGCACCUCCCGCAAGGUAGGGAGGUCACCCAGGGCCCUUCGGACGGCAGCCAGGGCCUGGAGAGCCAGGGCUCCUGGGCAGCAUCUGGCUGCCUGCUCCCAGACAGAUCCGCGGCCGGGCUGAGCACAUUUGGAGCUGUUCCCAGCACCGCAUUCAUUCCCUAAUGGAGCUUCUCCUUGAUCCCUGGUUCUCUCUGUGCACAGUGAAAUACAUCAAGCGAUACCUGUUUUUAGUAGAACAAACGUGCACCCUGCAAUUACUUAAUGAGCUUGAAAAAAUUUUGAUGGCUACAAGAUGGCCACAGCCACCUGGACUGUCGUGUUUGCAACUGGCUGUCCUGUCUGUCUGUCUGGGCGCAGUGUGGGGCCUGCAGCGGUCGGUGAGUCAGAGGGCUCUGCCCAUAGCGAUCUGCUGGCCAUGGGGAGGAAAAGAAGCCAAGCCAACGGCGGUGCAGGCCCAGCAUUUUGAACCCGAGUAUGACACAAGGAGGAGGUCCCCAGGGAACGGCAGCGUGCGAUGGGACGGUGCUCACACUCCUAGCGUCAUUGAGUCUUCCAGUAUUGACGUUUUGUGGUCCAACCUGCCCUCAUUCUUACUGCAAGUCGUGACCGGCAAGCUCUCAUCUUCUGCGCUGGACCAGCUCCUGCUGCACUGUUACUUGAAUAAAGGAAGGAUUUUUUCCCCUUCUCUCCACAAAUAUUCCAGUAGCAAAACGUAUUAAAAUGUGAAAACUAAAUUAUAUGUAUUAAUUAAAAGUAUUAUGCAAAGAAUUAAAAGAGCAUGUAAAUUAAUUUUCUAUCUAUGCAUGGGAUGCAUACUGUAUAUUUUAUUAAAAGUCUCGGUGACCCACUUUGGAAGCUGUUUUUCUGUUUCACAGCAGCUUGGAGUGUCUGUGUUCAUACAGCGAGUCGGCUGAUUUGGGGCGAGGUCAAUAGGUUAGUUAAAACAGUCCCUUAUGGCCAGGAGCAGGCUGGCUCUUUGCAGAGUGAUUCCUGCAACAGGUCACCGUAU